UGUUGCAGUUGGCUACGCCCUCCAGCUCACCAAAAACAGCCUCAAAAACAACCAUUUCCUUUCUGCUGAGAGACGGGGGAAAACACAUGCGUACACACUCCCCUGCGACAAGCUCUCUGCUUUCCAGGACUGGCUGUUUGCGGCAGAGGCACAGGGCAGGGGCUGGGCCAGGAGGCAGGCUGAGGAACCCACGCUGCCCCCUCAGCCCUGCUCAGAGCCGGCUGCCACCACUCACUGGGCUGCUGCAAGCAGCGCUGCGCCUGAGAAGGCCGGCCGACGUGCCUGCCUCCCCUGCUAACUUUCCAUUUCCCUGCACACGGGAGAAGACGCUUCGUGUCCUCCCUUCGCCGCUGCUGCCCAGGAAGACGGCGCACUCACGACCCUGGGCUGUGGCUGGUGCCCCCGCGGCCCCCCUGGGAUGGGCUGUGCGGCUUGCGGCAGCCCAGGCCUGGCCCCGCUCCAGGUACAGGAAGCAGGGUAAGGAGGCCGCGAGGUGGGCCCGCCUGCACCUGCCACACGGGCCUUCCCGACACCUCCGAGAAUGAGCGGCGAUGUCCUCUAGCCGGCCCUAGCAGCGAGUCGGUUCCCGGGCCCCAACAGCUCACCAGGCUGCACUUUCUCCAGAAGGGGCGCCGGCACCGUGGUUGGCCAUGACCAUCCGGAAGCUGGUGGCCACGGCCGUGCUGGUGGCCCUCAUCUCCCUUGUCCUCAACAACGCGGCCGCCUUCACCCCUAACUGGCUGUACCAGACGCUGGAGGAUGGGCGCAGGCGGAGUGUGGGGCUGUGGAGAUCCUGCUGGCUGGCGGACAGGGCCCGGGCAGUGCCAAGCCCAGGGGUCAGGCCUGGGCCGGUGCACGCCAGGGACUGCGAGGCCCUGGGCUGGGGCUCAGAGGUGGCGGGCUUCCAGGAGCCGCGAGGCACUGUCAAACUGCAGUUUGACAUGAUGCGUGCCUGCAACCUGGUCGCUACGGCAGCACUUGCUGCGGGCCAGCUCACUUUCGUCCUGGGGCUGCCCGGCCUGUCCCUGAUGUCGCCCAAUUCGCAGUGCUGGGAGGAGGCCAUGGCUGCUGCAUUCCAGCUGGCAAGUUUUGUGCUGGUCAUCGGGCUGGUGACCUUCUAUAGGAUCGGCCCCUACACCCACCUGUCCUGGUCUUGCUACCUGAACAUUGGCGCCUGCCUGCUGGCCACCCUGGCAGCUGCCAUGCUGAUCUGGAACAUUCUCCACAGGAGAGAGGACUGCAUGGCGCCCCGGGUGAUUGUCAUCAGCCGCUCCCUGACUGCACGGUUUCGCCGGGGGCUGGACAACGACUACGUGGAGUCCCCGUGCUGAGGGCUGCCCACGAGGGGCCUUGCUCGGGGCUUCACCCACUGCACAGAAUAGCCCGGACACCGGGGGCUGCCUGUGUGGGGUGGCUACCAGCAGGGCUCCCUCGUGUGCACGUACAACACACAGACGUGUUCACUAUGUUAUAUAUAAAUACGUUAUGUGCUGAUGUAUCGUCUCCGCCACCCUCCUCCUGGCACGCACAGCUUGGCUUCAGGCUCACAUGCUCCAGGGUGGAGCCCAGCGUGUGAGGCGCACGCGAGGAGACAGGAGGCCACCCUGCUCUGUGCCUGCUCUGGGAUCGACUCAUUCUGCGUCUGAUGAGAGGGGCUCCCUCAAGUCGUAUCUACCGUGGCAAAGCAGAGCGCCUGGGAAGAUCUCCAGCCGCGACCUGAGGGUUAUGGCUUUACGCCAGGACUGUGCUGUCUGUUCAUUCCUCAUUCUUUUUGUAAGUGAAAAUAAACUUAAAAACCUCUUACCACUGUCUAAAACUUGUAUUUUAUCUGUCUACACUGCCAUGCACAUGGAAAGAACUGGUCUAUUUGUCUGCCAUUUUGUGGGCUGGAAGUAAGAGAAGGGCCGAGGCAUUUUUAAAGACCCAGCGGGAGCUCAGCAGCGGGCAAUCGUAUCUUUAUUAGCUGAGCCUCGGACGUCCACGUUCCUGGAGAUUCUGAGCUCUGUGGCUGUAUGGUGGCAGAUGGACAACUGGCAGAGUAAGAGGGGAAAAAUCUACCUGUUUAAAAAAAUUCAGAGAGACUGGUUCACUUGACCUUCACCCUAAGUUCAGCCAAAUGCUUGUGGGCUGCAGAAUGCCUUUGUGAUACUGCAGGACUCCACACAUGCCUGGCCUAAACCCGUAAGCUGACAGCGGGCUCGCAGGUCUGCCGGGCUACACACUUUCGGACAGCCCUCAGUGCCUGGCUGGGACACCUCCCGUGCACUGUGCUGCUUGGCCCCAUGCCACCUGGUGCAGGGCCGCCAUUGCCGCGGCCUUCCUCCGGCCCAGGAAACUGAUGCUGGGCCAAAUUGACGGGUCCAAGCAAAGCCCUGAGCCGUCGGCUGCCUCUCCCUUAGGAGGCCAACUCCCUCUGAGAGACGCGUAACCUCCCAGGGAGCACAAGAUGCUAGCCGGAAAUGUGAAGCCCUUAGCACCCCAGGGAUUUGUCUAUAGUCAGAGCGAGGGGUGGGUUGGGGUUGGGGCUCUAAGAACAAAAGGUGUGUGAGAACUAACCAUUUAUAACAAACCCAGCACACGGUGUAGAAAUGGCCAGACUUGUGUCCCAGAGCCAGUGCUCUUUAGGACACUGAGGUCUGACCUUCUUCCCAGAAUGCAUGUUUCCCACAAGCAUUUACUAAAAAUAAUUGUUUUUAAAGAGAAUAAUGAAAUAUUUAAGAUGUAUAAUGUUGUUAAUAUUAUGUAUCUGCCUAUAUAAACGUACAUUAAAGCUUUAAAGUUG